ACUGGUCCCCGCCCAGAGCUUGCCUCUCGAGCUCUUUUGCUUCUUGUGCUAGAUGCGUCGUCACUCAUGGCUGGCUAAACCGCGAAAUCCCAGUCUCCCUGCCAACUCCCCACGAACCGUACCCGACGGUUGCGACGAGUCUCGAUAUGAUUAUCUAGCAUGUGAUUGCCGUUGAACAUGAACAACCUACAUGCACCGACGGUCCCUUCGGGACCAACCUCUGUGCGCGUCACAAAUGGGGGAACAGCGCAUCUUACCUUUGCGGAACUUCAGAGGAAGAAGGAUAUCAUGGAGGCCGAGCUGAAGGCUCUCAGUAGCGUGCUGGAUUCUCACGGCGUUGAUAUGCAUACGAGCCUUUUGACGCCAGAUGGCUUCCCCCGAGCUGAUAUCGAUGUUGCGCAAAUUCGGACCACGAGAGCGCGAAUCAUCUACCUCCGAAACGAUUAUAAAGACCUCAUGGGGGUCAUCGAGAAGCAUCUACACGAACAUUUUGCAAGCCUUGGAGACGAGGAAGUUCCCGCUGUCCCCGACCAAGGAAUGUCAGAGCUGAGGGAUUCGGUGCCCGAGGUAUUGGAUGAGCCCUUUGCAAAGGUGAACAGCGUCGUCGAUAAUAGCCCUGCAGACGCGGCAGGUCUCAAGGCAGGAGACCUGAUACGGGCUUUUGGCUAUGUCAACAAGUCCAACCACGAUAACCUAACGAAGGUUGGCGAAUGUGUCCAAGGCAAUGAAGGGCAAAACAUCCUCGUCAAGAUCUCUAGAGGCACUGGGACCACCCGACCACAAGAGCUUCGGUUGACCCUGAUACCCAAGCGUAACUGGGGUGGAAGAGGAAUGCUUGGCUGUCAUAUCUUGCCAUUCUGAAAAUACCUGGGGGGAGGGGGGAGAAUGUCUGGCAGGGAGAGGCUAAGCAUGAAAUCUAUCGCAUGCCAGGCAGCAGUAGGCAGUGGAGGCAACCAAGGCUGGCUGUUGUUAAUGAUGAAUCUAUUGGUCAACAACCUAAGGCAGGAUAGUGAUGGGCUCGCUCUUACUUGCUGAAUCUGGCCCAGAAGGUCAGCAAGAAACCUCACAAAGACAACAGGGCACAGGCUGCAGGACACAAAGAACCUUGACGUGUUAGCAGCACACAAGGAGUGAAUGCUCCGACUGUCAUGAAACUAAUCACCUUAGAACUUGGUUGCUGGGUGCCUGUGGAAUGCAUCCAAGUACCUGUAGAUAGUGACUGGGAGACAGGAGAAUACCGACCAAUUACAGAAUGGUAGGCGCUUAUUAUUAGGAAGUUUUGCAUAGUAAAAUCCAAUGAAUGGUAGAC